UUAGAGUUAAGCAAGGUUUGCCAAACCAGAGGGUCGAUCCCUUCUUUUUCGAGAAACCACUCUCUCUCUCUUUCUUAAUUCACUUUCUCUCUCUAAAAUGGCGGCUGCUUCUAGAAGAUCAAGCGGGCCAGUCCUCCGAACACUCUCGCCGGCGGGAAGGUUUCGCAAUUCCCGGCCAUCGCCGGCGACCACCGCCUUCGCGUCCUCAACUUCAACCUUCUCCGCACGCUCCACCGCUUUCUUCCAGAACCGUUCCAGCUCUCCCACACGUGACAAUCUAUACGGUUCUUCUUCCGGUUCGGUUCCCUCCGUCCGGUUCGGUUCAAUUACCCCGAACUCUUCCAUCUCCGUCGCGGGUGCCGGCAGGCAUAGCCACCACCAGAAGCGGACCUGCAUGUGCUCGCCGACGUCGCAUCCCGGUUCGUUCCGGUGCAGCCUUCACAAGAGCUUCGGCUCGCGCUCGGCAGUGGCGGCGGCGUCGCCUAACCGGCUGAACGCGCGGCGGUCGGCGAUGACGAACUCGCUCGUGAGAAUCCGCGGCGUCGAAGGCGAAUUGGUGAAGCGAGCCUUGGCGGCGCUGAUCCGGCCGUCGUCGCACCAACAGCGCCGCCGCGGCGAUUUUCGGCCGCGGCCGAGCAGACUCUCUAUCAUGUUCACAGCAAAAGAUUAAGAAAACUUGUGAAUAAUUCUGUGAAUCACCGGAAGCUUAAUCGCGCCGAGAAGAAACCGCAGUAGACGGCGGCGAUUCGGUAGAAACGGUUUGAGAUUUUGAACGGAUUAGCUUUUUCUGUUACUUCUAGAUCCGAUAUCCGAUCGAAGAUUAUGGAUAUGCAUCGUUCUUUGUGUGUACAUAAUUUAGAAUUUAAAAAUAUAAAAUAGAAGGCAAGUGAAAUAUUAGUCAGUGGCUACCAUUGAUGGCGAUGCUUGCAACUUCUGCUCGUAAUUUUAUCUAAACAGAUUUGCUUAAAAUCAUUACUCCAAAAUCAAAGUAGUUAAACACUUAUUAAAUUUUGUUUAACUAGUGCUCACUCUAAAUUCAAAGUAUAGUUUCAGUCGAAAAUCC